AUCAUUUCUGUAUUGUUGAAAAAUUUAUUGCCUGAUUCACGAUUUACUUGCUUAAUACAAUGUAGGAGUGGUUGGAAUCUGCAGCUGAUUUUAAGAGUUUGUAUACUGUGAGGCAUAUGGACUUUUGGAAAUAUCUGCAUUUUUCCUCAAAAAAAUGAUUAAAAUUUUGCAGCCUACGCUAAAAUAUUCCUGUAGCCAUGUCAUCACCCGUGGCCUCCAAAAUAUCGCAAAUCCUAUUUUCGAGAAUAGACAAUCAAUUAACGCUGACUUAAAAUCCCUCUGCAAGCAAAAACAUUUCAAAGACGCCCUUCGGCUAUACGAUGUUAUAGAAAAGGGUGGUGAUUGUAUGGUAGAUGCAAGCACCUUUACUCAUUUGAUCUCCGCAUGCUCGUUUUUAAGAUCAAGAGAAUAUGGAAGAAAAAUCCACAACCAUAUUCUGAAAUCCAACUUGCUGCCAGAUAUGAUUCUCGAGAACCAUAUUGUCAAUAUGUACGGAAAAUGUGGGUCGACAAAUGAUGCUAGGAAAGUGUUCGAAAAUAUGCCUGAAAGAAAUGUGGUGACGUGGACUUCGUUAAUUGCUGGAUACUCACAGAACGGUAGGGAUAUCGAAGCCUUAAAAUUGUAUGUGCAAAUGCAGCAGUCUGGUUUUACGCCAGAUCACUUUACAUUUGGAAGUGUGAUUAAAGCUUGUUCGAGUAUUGCAGAUGCUGGUUUGGGUGGGCAGUUGCAUGGCCAGGUAAUCAAAUCUGAAUUUGGGUCCCACCUAAUAGCUCAAAACGCUCUUAUUGCAAUGUACACCAAGUUUGCUCUGAUCAAUGAGGCGUGCGAUGUUUUCUCGUGCAUCGAGAAAAAGGAUUUGAUUUCAUGGAGUUCGAUGAUUUCCGGGUUUUCAAAACUCGGUUAUGAGUUAGAAGCUCUAAACUGUUUCAAGAAAAUGCUCUCUCAGGGUAGCUACAUUCCAAACGAGUUCAUUUUCGGAAGUGUUUUCAGUGCUUGUGGCUCUCUCGUUCAGCCAGAAUAUGGGAGGCAGAUACACGCGAUAAGUAUAAAAUACGGGUUUGAAGGCGAUGCUUUUGCAGGUUGCUCAUUGACCGAUAUGUAUGCAAAAUGUGGCUUUUGGUAUUCGGCAAAAACAUCUUUCCAACUUAUAGAAAAUCCCGAUAUAGUGUCCUGGAAUGCCGUUAUAUCCGGCUUUGCAUAUGGCGGUGAUGCAAAUCAAGCCAUGGCAUUAUUUUCUCGAAUGAGGCGUUUCGCCACGUCAGCACCAGAUGACAUCACAGUCCGUUCUUUGCUCUGUGGGUUCACUGAACCAUGUACCCUCUCCCAAGGGAAACAGGUCCACUCGUAUAUUAUAAAGAUCGGACUAAAUCUAGACAUUCCAGUGUCUAAUACUUUACUUACAAUGUAUGCUAAUUGCUCAGGCUAUAUAGAUGCAUAUAAAAUGUUCGACGAAAUUCAAAGCAACGCAGAUUUAGUCUCUUGGAAUGCUAUUAUCACUACAUGCAUGCACCAAAAUCUGGUUACAGAAGUUUUCUCGUUAUUUAAAAUGAUGCUGCUAUUACACGGAAGACCGGAUUAUAUUACUUUAAGUAAUAUACUAGGGGCUUGUGGAAAAGUUUCCUCUUUAGGAAUGGGCGAUCAAGUUUAUUGCUGUGCGAUGAAAAAGGGGCUCGACAAUGACAUAAUGGUCACAAAUGGAUUAAUUGAUAUGUAUGUAAAGUGUGGAUCAAUCGAAAGAGCGAGAAAGCUCUUCGACUGUACAAGAAAUACCGAUGUUAUCUCGUGGAGUAGUUUAAUUAUGGGGUAUGCACAAUUUGGUUAUGGAGAAGAAGCGUUGAGUCUCUUUAAGAGAAUGAAAGGUCAUGGUAUAAAACCGAACCAGGUAACUUUUGUCGGAGUUUUGACAGCUUGCAGCCAUGUUGGACUUGUGGAAGAAGGGAUGGAGCUGUUUGAGUCAAUGGAACAAGAAAGCGGUGUGGGCCCCACAAGAGAGCAUUUCUCGUGUGUGGUCGAUUUGCUCGCUCGGGCGGGGAGAAUCGAAGCAGCAGAAGCUUUUAUUGGUCGGAUGGGAAUUUACGAGCCUGAUAUUGUGAUGUGGAAGACUCUAUUGGCUGCAUGCAGAAAUCGAGGGAAUCUUGAAGUUGGAAAACGGGCGGCGGAGAAUAUUCUGAGAAUCGAUCCGUUUAAUUCGACCGCUCAUGUGCUGCUUUGUGGAAUAUACGCUUCGGCUGGUGAGUGGAGUGAUGUGGCGGCUUUGAGAAGUUCGAUGAGAGAGAAAGGUGUCCGGAAAGUUCCGGGGCGGAGCUGGAUUGAAAUCGAGGAUCGAAUACAUGUUUUCUCUGCAGAAGAUGGAUUGCAUUUUGAGAGGGGCAAGAUAUUUGAAGUGGUGGAGGAGCUUUGGUUGCAGAUUCUUGAUUAUGGUUUUAUCCCAUUUUUGGAUUAGAGGAUAUUUUGUAAGGUGUAUGUAUAUAAUGUUUUUUGCCCUAAGUCAUUUAAUUAGCUGUUGACUUAUUGCCAUUUUUGGCAAUUUGUUCAAACUCAAUGAAUUGUUUUUUCUUUUCUUUUUUAUAAUUAUUUUGUAGUCAGAACCAAAAGAUUUAAAUUUAAUGAAGGGAUCACUAU